AUGGCACCGAUCACUCUGGACGACAUCAUCCAUUAUCGUCCGCCUGCUAAAAGUCCACAUUUCAAACCGUUCCAGGCACCCAGUUCCCACGCUCGUAUCCAUUCACAGUCGUCUUCGGAUAGACCCGCGCCAGCCAAUCCGUUUCUACCCAGCCAGCACUGGCAUUCGAGUCUUCCAUUCACGGGGCAUGCGCCGCACCUCCAAAGUCAAUUCCAUCCGUCUAGUGAAGUCGAGACGUUAUUAUCCCCCGCCGAGCUUGCGAAAGAAGUGACCGUUGACUCGAAUGAGUUUGAUAUGGAUUUCUUGAAUACCUCUUUAGGAAGAGAUACAAACGUUGCUAUAUCAAAUAUACACACAGCGAGUCGAGAAUUGCCGGAUGAUGUUUCCAGCAGUGAUCCAGGGCAACGUUUAUACGACCAGCAUUUCGAUGACUUCCAAGGUGACGAGCAUCAUGAGAGCAACGUGACACCUCCUUCUCAAGAUAUUAUCCAGGGGGGAGGCACUGAGCAAUCCACUACUUUAUGCUCUAUAUCGGUCCGUGAUAGCCCCUACGUCCCGGUGGAGGAGGAAGAAAUUCGAAGCCAAACAGAAGCAUAUAAAAAUGCAGACCAAGCCACGAUGGAGGGAGACAUUUUGCGACAUUCGAACCCGACAAUAGAUAUAGUAGACGGCAAUACAAUGGUCAAUGACGAAAUCCUUAACCCUAUGGGCCAGGAAAAGCAAUCCACUCUAACGCAUUUGUUGUCUGGAGAUGCUAGAAUUGAAGCAGAUGAAUUAGGGUUGAAACCGGCAGCUUGCACUAUCGGGGAAAGCAUGCCGGCUGAGAAGUACAAUAGGCAGCCUAGUUCCGAAAGCCAUGUGGUUAUUCGCCAGGAGAAAGACGGGGCUACAGCUCAUGGCAAAGAAGGCGAGCUACAGCGUCGUGAUACGGAGCGCCUAUCAGCAUCUCCUAAGCUCAGUCAAAAUGGAACAUCGGCGCGUUCGAUCUCACCCGCAUUUCAAGACAGUGAGAAGCAGUCGCCAUACAGCCCAGCAGAGGAAGAUACAGGAUUCUGUCCAGUGUUGAAUGAGCCCCUAGUGUCGGACCAGCCGUUGGUCGUCAUCUCCAACCUUCGCCCCCAAGAGCGAGGAACGAAGGACUCUGUCUCGAUAACACGGAUUGCCUCUCCGAGCAGAAAGCGAAAGCGAAACCGUGAUGAGUAUCUAUCCGAUAACAGCAGCGAUGACCAUGAUGACCCUGAUGACACCGACAAUGCGGACUACGUGCGUGAAAGUGGUGAAGGUGCAUAUGGAAAUAGUGUUCCUUCCUAUCGAUCUAAAAGUGCAAGGCGACCUGCCGUGCGGCUUAAGUCUAGGCCUCCCCGGCACAACACUAAACGCCUCUUAGUGGACGAGGCAGUUCAAUCCAAAGGGGUCGCAGAUCAGACUUCCCUAACAAGCUUGCGCGAUAUCGAAACGAUCCCUGUCCAAGGUUUCCUUACACGGCAGAUACUUUUCUCAAGGGUCAUCUAUUCUGUUACCGUUGAAGAGCAGGCAGAGCAUUCCUGCUCUCAGAGAUCAGGCAGAGCUACAUCACAUUAUGAAAAUAAAAGCGGCAGCCAGCAUUCCAAGCAGCCCCCCCAGAAAGGUUCCCGCGCUGGGAAAACGACCGGGCCAACCCGGUUCCUACCUAAGGACGACCAGCUUUUGAUUGAAUUGAAGGAAGAGCGGAGCUUGCCAUGGAAGCGAAUCGCAGAGUAUUUCCCUGGAAGGUCGGAAGGCUCCCUCCAAGUGCGCUAUUGCACACGCCUCAAGGGCGGCCGCAAGGCUGGAAAUUCUGGGCGGAGUUCCCACGCGACGAGCAAAUCUUCUUACAGAGGUGCAUCUUGCGAGGCAGUUCAAGCCUCGGGUGGCAAGAGCAAUGGCACUGAAGGUGUGUCAAGACAGCGAUACGGUCCAUCUCGGCGCAGGCAAACGGUGGACCGCUAUUCCCCCAGUUGGCAAUAG